GGAGAUUCGUCUAAAAUUCAUGUUUUUUUUUGCCGAAUUCUCGUUUAAAAAUUGGCCGCUAAAUCAAUAUAGCACACCGUUAGAUCCUUUUUACAUUCAUACGCUUAAAGAAAAUGGCGGAUCCUUCUCCUCCCACAUCUCUCAUUGACUCGAGAAGUGGCUUCUGCAAAGCAAACUCGACUUUCUACACCAAACGCAAACCCAUUGGCCUCCCGGCGAAUCCUUCCCUCGACGUCACAACUUUCAUCUCCUCUCAGCCGCACCGCGGCACCACCGCCUUCAUCGACGCCGCUACUGGCCACAGCUUAAGCUUCUCCGAUCUCUGGAGAGCCGUCGAUCGUGUCGCCGAGUGUCUCCACCAUGACGUCGGAAUACGGAGAGGCGACGUCGUCCUCAUUCUCUCUCCGAACUCCAUAUACAUCCCGAUCGUCUGCCUCUCCGUCAUGUCUCUCGGCGCCGUCGUCACCACCGCGAACACUCUCAACACCGCCGGUGAGAUUUCGAGACAGAUCGCGGACAGCAACCCGACGCUCGCCUUUACGACGGUCCAGCUGGCGUCCAAACUCCCGGUCGGUAUCUCCAUCGUUCUCACCGAGGAGGAGCGCGUGGAGCCGACUCGCGGAGUCGUCGGUGCUGUGUCCGAGAUGAUGAAGAAGGAGCCGAGAGGGAAGCGAGUGAGAGACCGAGUCCACCAGGACGACACGGCGGUGAUGCUUUACUCCUCAGGCACCACAGGACCGAGCAAAGGUGUGCUCUCGUCUCACGGGAACUAGACUGCUUACGUGGCGAGAAUGCUCACGGAGACGUCAGUGCACGGGACUUUCAUCUGCACCGUCCCGAUGUUCCACACAUACGGACUACUAACAUUCGCUAUGGCCAGCGUAGCUAUCGGUUCGACGGUGGUGAUCCUCAAGAGAUUCGAGCUCAACGACAUGAUGGCAGCGGUGGAGAAGUAUAAAGCCACGACUCUGCUUUUGGUGCCGCCGGUUUUGGUGACUAUGGUCAACGAAGCAGAUUCUAUCAAGGCCAAGUACGAUCUGAGCUCACUUAAGACAGUGAGGUGUGGUGGAGCGCCGUUGAGCAAGGAGGUAACAGAGGGGUUUUUAGAGAAGUACCCAACGGUCAAUAUAUUUCAAGCGUAUGCGUUGACGGAGUCAAACGGUGGUGGAGCUUUCAUUGACACGGUGGAGGACAGCCGGAGAUUCGGCACGUCGGGGCCGUUAACGAGUGAUGUGGAGGCGAGGAUCGUGGAUCCGCAUACGGGUCGGUUUUUGGGAAUUAACCAAACAGGCGAGCUCUGGCUUAAGGGCCCGACUAUUGCAAAAGGUUAUUUUAAAAACCAAGAAGCUACAAAUGAAACCAUCAACGCCGAAGGAUGGCUUAAAACAGGAGAUCUUUGCUAUAUCUAUGAGGAUGGAUUUGUUUUCGCUGUGGACCGAUUGAAAGAACUGAUCAAAUACAAAGGCUAUCAGGUGCCUCCAGCUGAACUCGAAUCUCUUCUAAUCACUCAUCCAGACAUUCUCGAUGCCGCCGUUAUUCCGUUUCCGGAUAAAGAAGCAGGACAAUAUCCAAUGGCUUACGUGACAAGAAAGGUUGAGAGCAACCUCUCUGAGAAACAAGUUAUUGAGUUCAUCUCUAAACAGGUGGCACCGUAUAAAAAAAUAAGAAAGGUCGCAUUUAUAAACUCCAUACCAAAGACUGCAUCCGGCAAAACACUUCGCAAGGAUCUAAUCAAACUGGCCACUUCUAAACUUUGAAAUGACCUAUUUGCUAGAUUCUCAGCUUUACUGACUGUAUUUGUUUAUUUUAAUAAGUGAGAAGUUUUAAUAAUGUGGAAUAAUUUAAAAGGAGAUUUAUAAAAAUGUUGAGGC